UGAGCCUAAAAGAGUGGGGGAGAAAUAUAAUCGAUACAGAAUAACAUUUCGUGGCAACUGUGAAGCAGAACUUGACUGGAGCAAAGCCGAUAUGGACAUGAUACACGAUGAAGUGGACUUUUGGGAUCAACCUUACUACUGGCUAACCAAAACAGUUCUUCGUGCAUCUGGUUAUUGGCCCUAUCAGUCGCCGAGGGAACGCAUAAUAUGCCGAGCAAUACUGCAAUUUCUGUAUUGGAUACAAAUUAUACCAGAGAUCGCAGUUGUUAUACGGCACUUUGACGAUGCUGAUCUGGUGAUGGAAACGCUGAGUUCAUUUCUGAUUGACGUCGUGGUCAUGGCCAAUGUAUGUACCUUCGUCGUACAUGGUGAUAAGAUUUCUCAGAUUCGAAAUCUCUUGGAGCAGAUCAAGCAAAACUGGAGAAUAUUUCCGAAAAACAACGGCUUAUCCCUCCUCCAUCAACACUCUGAAUCCGGAAAGAUUAGAUCCAUAGUAUAUGCAGCCUACCUCGGGGCCGCGUGGGUGGUAUUUGUUAGUGAGCCAGUUCAUUUCAGACUAAUUCGUCUCGUCAUACCAUCCAAUAAGACCUUAGUCUUGAGGUUCGCUAUACCAGUGGACUAUGGUCCACUUGACGUGGAAAAAUACUAUUACACUAUUUUACUAGUGGGCGCUAUUUCCAUACUUGCUAUUGUUAUCCUGGUAAUCGCUGCUGACGUUUUGCUAUUUCUAUAUUCACAUCAUGCAUGUGGAUUACUCGCCGCAGUGGGAUUUGCUAUCGAGAACUUACCGGUCGCUGAUGCUUCGGAGAAGAAGACGAGAGAUCAUGAGUACCAGUACAUGAAGAAGUGCGUUAUACUCCAUAGCAGAUCCAUUCAAUUUUCAGACACUGUCGAGGAGAUCUUUCGAUGGAAUAUCUUCAUGACGAUUGGAAUCAACAUGAUUGUCAUCAGCAUGACUGCAUUUCAGGUUGUGACCAAUUUCAAUACAUUACCUAGACUUGUCAAGACUCUAGUCUUCGCUGUGGGUUCAAUACUGCAUCUGUUUAUCCAGUGUUAUAUGUCAGAACAGAUCAUAAAUCACAGUCUUGGCAUUGGACAUAGCUUGAUGAACGCAAAAUGGUAUUGUGCUACGAGUGAAACCAAGCAAUUGAUGCAAUUUAUGCUGAUGAGAAGUCAUGUUCCAUGUCAAUUGACUGCUGGCAGCAUGUUGCUGAUAUCUCUGGAUACCUUCAGUUCUGUCAUCAGAACUUCUGUGAGUUACUUCAUGGUAUUCAUGGAUAUGCAGUAAAUCGUGAAGAAUUUGGGAAGGAAUCUUAUCGUUAAAAAUGCCUGAGAAAACCAAUAUGAAGUUAUGUGCUUGGAGAAUAUCGGUAAAACAUGUACGAAAACAAUUGUAACUGGCAAUGAUUGUAA